AUCAAAUACUUGCUAUUGAAGUUCUUAGAAAGUCCGCUGAUAAUGGCCAUAGUAUUUUAUAUGAAAGUUCAGCAGAGGUAGGAGACAAAGAGGAAGGUGCGCGCUAUUUAAGGCUUGCUGCGUAUCAAAAAAAUCAAGAGGCUUUGAAAUAUUGUGAACUACAUAAAAUCAAUAUCGAACAAUAA